AUGAUAAGUUCACGGAUCGUCUCUGGGCUUUUGGGCCUGGGAAGUUUGGUCUGUGGUUCGAGUGCUCUGGGAUAUGGAACUAGUUAUGCUACCAAUAAUGCGACCAAAUAUGUCAUUAUGGACAAUGAUUGGAGUUCGACUGGCUUCAUUCCAUUCCUCAUCGCUCUCGAGGCCGGAUGGGAAGUAUUAGGUUUAACAUCUUGUACCGCAGAUACAUGGCAACACCAAGUCGCACUGCAUGCACUAGCUACCCUCUCUGUCGGUAACCUGACUAGCUGUAUCCCCGUAGUUCCGGGCUCUACAUUCCCGCUUAUCAAUACCGCCACGAGAUUCCAAGCAUGGGAAGCGGUUCAUGGUAAACUUCCUUGGGAGGGUGUAUUUGCUCCGUAUAAUGCUACAGCAGAAGCAGAAGGAAGUGAUCCCACAUCGGGAGAUAACCCUUUCAGAGUCGUAGAGGGGGCUUUUGUAGAAGGAAUGCCAAGUAACUAUUCAAUUAAUGGAUUGAAGAAAAGUCAGAGUGCCAGUGCAUUUAUGAUUGAAAUGGUGCAUAGAUAUCCCGGACAAGUUUCCAUAUACGCCGGCGGUUCUAUGACCAACGUCGCUCUCGCCGUCCGCUCCGACGACAACUUUGCCUCCCUCGCCAAAGAACUCGUCAUCAUGGGCGGCUACAUCGACGACAACCUCCUCCAAGUAACCGGCAGCGUGCUACAAGCCGACCUCAGCUCCGACAUCAACUUGAUGGUCGAUCCCGAAGCCGCCAAAAUUGCUUUCACGGCCAACUUUCCCAAAAUCACUUUCGCAGGUAAUGUCGCGAAUCAGGUCAUGAGCACACAGGAUUUCUUGGACGAGAUUAAGGAAGUUAGUAAUCCCUACUCGGAAUUGGUGUGGGGACAUUAUGGAACGGAAUUCCCAUUUUGGGAUGAGACUGCUGCGGCAAUUAUGGUUGAUGGAUCGAUUGUGGAGAAUUCUACAAGUUUCUACAUCGACGUCGACACAUCCUACGGCUCCCCCUCGUACGGCAACAUCCACGCCUACCAAGAAGCGCUGAUGCCGCCCGGCCUGCGCAAGGUCCACUAUGUCCAUCGCGUCAAUGGUGAUACCUUGAAGAGCAUGAUUAAGAGAGCCGUUCAGUAUCCUAGGAAUUGUUCUUCCAUGGGGAGAUAG